AUGUCGUCGUCGUCAUCUACUUCGUCCGACUCGUCCGACUACCCUCCACGUCUCCAUCCCAAUUAUACACGGGCCUUGUGGGUCAGCAUCGCACUUCAAGCAAUAGGAUCCUGGAGCUGCGUCCUUGCGACACGCAAAUGGGAAACUGCGCCUCUCUGGGUGAACCUCAUGUUCUGGCCAGCUUCCAUCUCCACGAUAAUCUUGGGCGCAAUGCACGUGCGUGACUUGAUACCGGACUGGAGGGAUGCGAUGCGGUGGAUAUUGUUCACGCUUGCUGUGAUCGCAUUCGCGUUGCUCUACCGUCAGGUGGCAUUAUACUAUCUUGGUGAACCACAAAUGAGGAUAAUACAUAAUACAUGUGCCACCGGCGGGCCAGGAUUCCAGUCGUUCAUGAUCACUACAGCAGGGGGUAGUGAUCAGCAAUCCACCACCUGA